AUGGCUACCACCUUUCACAACACCAGCACCCCCGAAGCGCUACUAGGACGCAACGAUUCGAAGAACCCCGCAACGACUUGUAAAGGCAUUACAAGCUCGGGCAGACCAUGUCGUCGCGCUCUCAAAGCGACGCCCAGCUCGAGUCCCACAGCGCGAAGGAGAAGCUCGGGCACCGGCAUCAAUGGCGUAGCAUUGGUGGUCGAAGCAGAUGGCAGUAUUGAGGAGGCAGACUUUUACUGUUGGCAGCACAAAGACCAAGCACAAGUUCGAGUCGACGAGGUGAACAAUGCGCCGAGGAAGUCGAGGGUCAGGAGGAGGAAGAGCGCGGACCUGUUCCCGCUGCAGGAGAAGAGCAGUAUUGAUACGCUGGUGCAGAAGCUUGGAAUCCAGGACGAGAAGACGAGGCCGACGAAGAACCCCAGACCGCCGAAGAAGACGGCGACAACGGACUUUGCGGAUCAUAAAGCUCGUCCGCAGCGACCGAGUAAUGCGUGGGCUGGAGACGUUGAGGAGCACGGGUUUCGACCACCAAGGAGGGACAGCAAUAGGCAGAAGAAGCAAGGCUUUUGGAGUAGUCUCUGCUGUGCCGGAGGUGCUGACGAGGACUACGUCGAGAUUGUGAGACAUCGAAGAAGGACGGAUCAGGCCAGUAGACCGCCAGACACAGUGCAGACAGCUUCGACAGAGCGACCAUCCAGGAUCCCACACGAAAGUCGCCCAUCAAGCGGGUCAAUACCAUCGCGGAAGCCAAUGUCCCCCCGGCUGUCUCCACGUCCACCACAGCAACGAACAUCCUCAUAUCCACAAACUGGUCACCUCCUAUCGCUCAUUCCGCAGCAUUGCUCGCCGCAGACCACCUCUGCAUUACUAGCUGAGCUAAUCAAGCCAAUCAGUCCAGCUGACGAAGAAGGCUACAUCUACAUCUUCUGGCUCACGCCACAGUCCAAGGAAGCACCCGCAGAGUCAACCGCACGAUCCUUGCUGGCAGCGCCAUCUGAACCUCCCGACUACUCUCGAAGAUUGAGCGACGUCAUGACAGAAUUCUCCUAUGACGGUGGCGAAGAGACCCUGCGAGGUCUCAACAGCAGACAUAUCAGCAAGAAAACGAUCAUGCUCAAGAUCGGUCGCGCGAACAACGUCACCCGCCGCAUGAACGAAUGGCAACGACAAUGCGGCUACAAGCUCAACCUCGUCAGAUGGUACCCCUACAUCCCAUCAACGCCGCAGCCCUCACCAGACAAGCCCUCAUACCCAGACCUGUCUCGACCAUCAACAUCGAGACGGCAAAGCGAUGUGGUGCGGAAAAUGCCCUGCGUGAAGCGCGUCGAGAGGCUGAUACAUCUGGAGCUUGCUGAGAAACGGGUCUUGAAGGAUUGUGAAGCUUGCGGGAAGGAGCAUAGGGAGUGGUUUGAGGUUGAGGCGAGUCAGGAGGGUGUGAGGGGUGUUGAUGAGUGUGUCAGGCGGUGGGUGGGGUGGGCUGAAAGACAGGGCCACGUCUGA